UUUGUAUCUAAACAUAUGGUCUCCAAAGCAAAACACCUUAAAUGAGUUGAAAACAGUUAUGUUUUGGAUACACGGCGGGGGUUUUGAUUACGGAUCCAUUUUUGUACCCGAAUUUAAUGGCACAGCACUGGCAUCUAAUGAUGUAGUAGUGGUCACAGUUAACUAUAGACUUAAUAUAAUGGGCUUUUUGUUUGGUGAUCGUGUUGACGCUCCGGGAAAUGUUGGUCUCUAUGAUCAACUAUUAGCAUUGAAAUGGGUUAGAGAUAACAUAUAUAAGUUUGGUGGAGAUAAAGAUCAAAUAACUAUUUUUGGUGAAUCAGCCGGCAGUUGGUCAGUGUCAGCACAUAUACUGUCACCGCUAUCUAAAGGCCUAUUCAAGAGAGCUAUUAUGCAAAGCUGUGCGCAUAUGUAUAACAAAGACAGGGAUCCGGUAAACAAAACCGAAGGACUAAAUUUUGCAACAAAAUUGGCCAAAAAUUUUAAUUGUAGUAUAAAUGAUGAUUGGCUACAAUGUUUGCAAAAAGUUAACGCAACAGAGUUGGUCAACAAAAUGUUUGCCAUCAGAGAUAUAACAGUUACUUAUCCAGUGGUUGGCACCGAGUUUUUACCACUCACUGCACGUCAAGCAUUUGAACACAACUUAUUUAAUUCAGACAUUGAUCUAAUGGCUGGUAUUAACAAAUAUGAGGGACAGUAUAAUUUUGAUGAGAUGGGCAUUCAUAUCACUUAUGAAACAUUUGCAAAUAAUAUAAAACUAUUUGAUCGUGAAGUACAUAAUUUGAAUACAACUGAGAUAACAGAGUUUUAUCUGAAAUCAGUUAACAAAUCGAGUCGACCGGAAGUCAGGCACGCAUUCGGCGAGUUUAUGGGCGAUCUCUUAAUCAAAUGUCCAACCUUUCAAUUUGCCAAACAAGUGGCCAAACCAUUGUCCAACACUAGCCGUAAUGUAUACUUCUAUGAACUUUCAUACGUCAGUCAGUACUUCGCGGAUCUAUUAAAAUGUGAUACAAAAUCCAAGUAUGUCUGUCAUGCCAUGGAUUUGACAUUUGUUUUUGGUUUGCCAUUACUUACACCUGAGAUAUAUUUACCAAAAGAUAUAUUUUUUGCUAAUAAUAUAAUGAAAAUGUGGACAAAUUUUGCUAAGACUGGUACUAUUGAUAACAAUUGGCCAAAACUAUGGAAUGAUAGCACACCUAAUGUAUGGCAUAUUCAUGAUUUGAAUUCAAAUAAUGAGACCAAAACUUUUGAUCAUCUUUUUGACAAAACAUGCGAUGAAUUUUGGAAAAACUAUUUUAUUUAA